GUACUUGCGUCACGGGUGGGGUUGAACCUCAGCUUUCCUGGGAGCUGUAUAUUUUUUUUUGGAGGGGGGUUUUAAACUUCUUGAGCCUUCUCUCUCUUCUGCCCUUUCUUUGAUCGAGUGGGCAAGUGGGAAACGAGAAACGGCUUAGGGGAGAGAGAGAAAGAAGGAAAAUAUGAGCAGCCCCGCGUCUGAUUUGGGUGCUCCCCUUUUGAGAGUUAGCAGACCUGUCAGUGCCUGUUCACGAUGUAGGAGUGCCAAAGUUAGGGUAUUACACGCCCAGGGAUAAAAACCAACCCCUCCCCUCCCCCUCCUUUAAACAAUGUUCGGAACAAACUGACUAAAAUACCCGCUCUAGUGUGAUGGAAGACUCCCCGCUUGCACUGCCUGCGAAAGGUCCGGCAAGGCCCACGAGUGUACCGGCGGCAGCGACCAGUUUGCUCGUGGGAAGGAGAGGAGGUGAGUGCUUUGGAAUCAAGCCAGCCUUCCCAGCUCAGAAUUUCUGACGGAUGUGGGAAGCUACAUUGCAUCGCUGGAGUCGAAGAUAGAGAGGCUGGAGAAGAAGCUUGCUGCUCUGGAGAGCCGCAAAACGCCCUCUGGGUCAAUGGGUGGUAAUGGGUUUGGCGAUGGCAACUCCCGCUUUACGCAGAAUCUGAGAGGUUCGUGGGAUAGCGCCGGGAUCGUUUGGAAUUUGAUUUACUGAUUAGGGGCUUUCAAGAUCAAGAUCGACGGAGCGUAACGCCUGGGUCCCCGCUGCCGAAUGGGACGAGGGCUAAGACGAAAAAAAGGGAGGAGGCUAAUGAGAUUGAAGAGCUGGUUGCCGAUUUGGGAUAUAUGUGGGUUUGUGUUUUUAUUGCUCACUUCAAGACCAAGUGAGGAGUGGGAAAUGGGUCAGGAGCUGAUGGUGGAUUAAUGAUCUAGGGCUAUCAAUGCUACCACUCGAGAUUUUUAUGGAUUCGCGAGAGAUAUGACCUUUGCGAAGGUCGUGCUAAAGGCGUCAACCUCUUCAAAAGCUCUCGAGACGAAACCUAGGGCGAGACUUCCCCCACGCCACACAGCGACACAAUUGAUACAACACUACUUCGACAAGAUAUUCACUACACUUCCAUGUCUGAACGAGGCCAGUUUCUUUGGUGCAGUGGACUCGGUGUAUCGCAAUGAAUCGACGUGUUCUCCCUACGAUAUUUACACGGUUUACAUGGUACUUGCAAUCGGGACGAUGUCAUUGUCUAAGAGCAGGGAUUCCCUGGCAGCGCAUAACGCGGCGUGCUUUGUGAAAUCUGCCCUUGAGCAUGCGGAUGCUGUGAUUUCCCCUAGUGCUAUUACCGGUGUUCAGGCUGCCCUGCUUCUGGUGCAGUACUCUAUGCUGGAACCUGUGCAUUUUAAUAGCUGGUAUCUGAUUGGGAUUGCGUCGCGGAUAAUGGUGGAUUUGGGGCUUCACCAGGAGCCAACAAAAAGUCUGAGGAAGAAGUCGGCUGAUAUGGACUUGAGAAGGAGAAUUUUCUAUUGUGUGUAUACUUUGGACAGGUAUAUUGAGUUCUGAAUUCCCUAUAGCAAUAUUUUUAGUGACUUCUGCAGGUCAAUCAGUAUGGUGCUUCAACGACCAUUUACAUUCUCGGACGACUCGGUAUUAGUCGACCUCCCAAAAUGUGAGGACCCAGAGGUAGCGAAGCAGAUAAUCGUCCGGGGAACAUUAACGCCAAUGGCUGCUGCAAUCCAUCUCUUCGAUCUCCGCAGACUGCAAUCAGAGUGGUAUCAAUUCCUGCACCUCUCGGGCUCGGAACCUGUGCAAGAUCCAACGGCCUACUUCCGCAGCAAAACUGCGAUGCUCAAGGAGUGGCUAGGCAAAAUCCCUGAGUCAAUAAACAGCUCCACACGGGACUGGUUGUAUCUAGAAUGGUACUACCUAAAUGUCUACACCGCAGCUCCAUGCCCCAAGAUCCCAAGACCUUGUGACGAAGCCAUGGUCCAGGUUUUCCAAAACUGCGUAAACUACGCCCUCAUGUUCCGCAGUAUCCUCCAAAACUCCAACGUCCGCUUUGUAUACACGUACCACGACGCGCUUCGAACAUACUUUAUCGGGAACAACUUCCUCUACGCGCUCUGGCGCUCGGAGGACACGGUUAUCACUAGCGCGAAUGUGACGUCAACCAUUGACGCCAUCAAAGCGAUCAUAUUCGUCCUGACUUCCAUGAUUGUGCGCUGGCAGGAGGUCGAAGCCCUAAGAGAUAAAUUUCGGGUGGAAUCGAGCUACAUGUUGAGGAGCCUGGAGGCACGGCAGCAGUCCUUAUUGGCUCCACCUAGGCCCAGGGUUACGAGGGAGGAAGCAGAGAGGACGCUUAGGCAUCAGCUGAGUAUUGAGUGGAGGGAGAUUGACACUAUCAAUCCGCAGCUGCAUAAUCCGUCGGGGCAUAUUGCCAUGGCGGAUUUUGGUAAUGUGGCGUUUUAUCGGUACGCUUAAGUGCACUAUGCUGUAGGUGGUUCGGCGGGAGGGAAGACAGGCGGAGGAGGGAGGGAUUAUGGUUGGCUUUGUUAGUAAAUUGGUUACUGCCCUCUCCGCCAUCCUUCUUACUUACGGCUAAUCAGCCAAUCCCCCCGUAUUCCAUCGCUAGCAUUCACACCGGUUCUCACUGCAAGAGCGAACUAGUGUUGGUUUGUUAUCGGCUGUAAGAGUACUUGUUGGUAUAUUUUGCAGCUAUGCGUUGUGGGCUGUUGGCUUGAUUUUUGAACCUACGAUUUGUUCAUAUGAAUUGGAUGAUGAUGGUCUGGCUGUUUUGUUACGUCUCUCACAUGAGUGUAGUUUUAUUUAGCCAUCCUUUGACUAGCAACUUUUGUUUUUGUUUUUCGGUUAUUUGACAGGAUACCCCUCUCUGAAACCAAAUUCAACAGAAUGCCACUGU